UUAAUGCAUCUCUAGAAUAUAUUAUUACUAACCAUUUUCUAGCAACAGUUGAGUUUAUCCGCUCAAUAUUUGUGCAAUACUGCGGUAUGGGUUGGGUUGAAAGGUAGUAUACAGAAAAUAGUGAAGUGAAUUUCCACGUGGAAAUUUUACACAUUCCUGCAAAGUGAACUAAGUCAACAAUAAUCGGCAUAAAGCGGAGAUAGGUAACAGUUCUCGGGUGUUUUUGGCGUUUUAGGCUUUGUGAGGUGAAUUAAGGGGUGUUGUCCUAACUCUGUAAGGUGUUUAUACUGUACCUACAUAUGAAUAAUUAGGGGUCAAAAGUGACAUUAUACAAAAAAAUCCUGCAGCAUGGAGUGUUAUGCGCAACAUAUGUUGUCUCAUUGUGGCUGUAUUCCUUUUUACUUACCCAUCCAUUAUGGCAAUACGAGUGACAACAUAAAACUCUGCGACAUGUUCAGCAGUUGCGUAAUUAGGAGUAAAGCCCACGUAGAUUAUCGUGAAUGGAAUAAGGAGCAGAAUGGUGAAGUGGAUAAUUGCAAUUGUUUACGUACUUGCUCGGACAUUUAUUACGGCUAUCGGAGGUCUCGUAAUGAAGUCAGCUAUGUGAUCAAGAGAAGUAGUUAUAUCAAAGCAAAUAAUGCCAAAGUGACGUUCUUCUUCAGCAAAAACAGUUACACCAAAAUUAUAAAAACCCCCGUAUACGACCUUACUGAUUUAAUUGCAAACCUUGGAGGUCUCCUUGGGUUUUUCACUGGAUUCAGUUUCUUAAGUGGUGCGGAAAUCAUUGUAUUGGUCAUUUUGGCACUUGGAAAAGAGUUUUAUAAAAGGCACAAAAAAUGUUCAAACAAAAAUAAAUCCAAACCAUCUCAAGAUUAUAUCAAUACAACGCUAUAUCCUUACGUUAAUUAAAAUCCUACAUAGAAUUUUGAUAAAUCAUUAAAAUCAAAGAGAUUAAUUUUAGAUCUUUAGAACUUAGUAAGGAUGUUUUAUCUAGAAGCACGCAAAAUGUAUUCAUAAUUCUAAAUUCACCUGUCUAACCUGUUUUGCUUUAGUUUUGUGUUCAAUAUAGUGCAAAUUAAAAAUGA